AUGAAUUCAUGCCGCCACCCCUUGCCUCCACCCCUCAUGCCUCCACCCCUCAUGCCGCCACCCCUCAUGCCUCCACCCCUCAUGCCGCCACCCCUCAUGCCUCCACCCCUCAUGCCUCCACCCCUCAUGCCUCCACCCCUCAUGCCUCCACCCCUCAUGCCUCCACCCCUCAUGCCGCCACCCCUCAUGCCUCCACCCCUCAUGCCUCCACCUUGUCUCCACCCUCGUCGCCACAUUCUUCGCAAGAUGGACCACUUUCAACAGCAGGACGCCCGCUCCCUCUCCUCCCAAUCGGACUCUUCGGGCCCUACAAGGUCUGCUGCUGCUGGUAAAUUAGCCCUUAAUGCUGCUGUUGCUAAACCUGCCCCUACUGCUGCUCUCGUUACCCGCAGCUUAAACCCCCUCUCUGCAUCCAUGUCACUGGCUGACAUUGUUGCUUUAACCCGUCAUGCUUCUAACGAGGAUGGCUCUCCAAAAGUGGGAGCAGGAGCAGGAGGUAAUUCGACUCAAAAGUCAGAAGGGAGAGGGGCGGGCGGGUGUUCGUUGCCGUGGCUUUGGCAGAAAUCCCAAAGCUCAGCAUAUUUCCAGCAGAUCGAGGCUGACGUGGUGAAGCAUGCAGACGCCAUCUGGCAGGCGAAGGCUGACCUGGAGGCCUUCCAGACCACCGAUUUCGACGAGCUGGUUUCAUUUCGGGCCAAGAUAGAGGCGCUUCUCCAAGACUUGACUGACGAAACUCAGGUGCUGCAGCGCUUUGAGGGCUUCCCCAGCAGCAAGCUGGAGCUGCUGCGUGCGUCGGCAUCGCUGCACUCGCGCCUCUCCGCCCUCUCGCGUGACCUGCUCUCUGCCGUACCCAUGAGCUACGAUGACAGGGGAGCGACACCCGGUGCUGGUGGUGCUGCUGCUGGUACUGCCGGUGCUGCUGCUGGUACUGCUGGUGGUGCAGCGCCGGCGUCAGUGGCAGCGGUGGGGGUGUGUUUGGACCGGUGUGAGCGGCUGUUUGAUCGCGUGCGAAGAGAGGUGGAGGCAGUGGAGAGGAGCAGAGAGGAGGACGCUAAAAAGUUUGCAGCGCAGCGGCUGCCGUACAGCGGUGGCGCCAUCGAGAGGGUGAAGGCGGCAGCAGUGCGCCUCUCCUCGCGUCUCUUGGAGCUCUCAGCCCAGGAGAGCAUGAAGCUGAGGGCGUCAGUGGAGCUGGUGGAUGGGCGCAUUCCCGUGUACGACGUGCCUCGAGUCAAGGCAGGCCUGUUUCUCCUCUGGCGCUGCUUCCAGUUCGCAUUCAGAGCGUACAAUUUCGCAGGAGGGCAAGAUGAAACGGCUGAAGAGCUGUCUCUUACAGUGGCCAAGGAGAUGGAAGCGUAUCCAGCUUACAUGUGGGGAUGA